AUGGAGGUCGACGCUCUGGCGAUAGUGGCGUCUGCUCUUGCUCACUCCAGCCCCGGAGGGGUCCCGGGGCGCCAGGCCCCAGCCUUGCUCCGGGCCGCCUCGGCGCUGGCUGGGCGCGGAGCUUCGUCCCGCCCUUCCCAUGAGCGGCGCGUCCAGGGGCGCCGGUCCCGUGACCCCGUCUUCCGCUCGCCGCCUGGUCGCGCUCCUGCGUGUCUGCGCCCUCGGCAGCAGCAGAUGUUCCGGCGCUCACAGCAGCCGCCGAUACCUCCCCCUCGAUCGGGGCAUCGGCCAGGUUCCCUGCCGCGGUCGCAGCAGUCAUCGCCGCAGCCAACAACGCCGCCGGUACCAGCGCUGGUGACGCAGAAAACGCCACCGCCUCAUACCGUUCCCGAUCCACCGCCAGGCCCAGUUCCAGCGUCUGCUGUUGUGCCCCCUGGUGCCCUCCUCAUCGGCUGUUCCGUCACCGGCGCCGUUGGAAUGCCCGCAGCUGUUUCUUGGCGGGAGGAACAUCCCAAUCCCGUGGGAGGUGAUGGGGUAUCUGAGGGCGGAGGAGGCUCCAGGUGUGCAGUCACCCCCGCCAUCAAAUCUGCCAUCGUCUCCUCCUCCGCCUGUCGGUCCUGA